GGAGGGGGAGGGAACGAGAGAGGAAAAGGAGUGGCCUCGAUUCUUACUGCUACAACUUUCUGUCUGUCUGUUUCUCUCUUCUGUCUUUCUUUCUGCAUCUACAGCAGUACAGAUCGUGAGGAGAGCAGUGGAAGAGAGGAAGGACAGAGUGAACGACUCCUCUGAUCUGUUCUUCAGCAUCAUGGCGUCUGCUACUCCUCAGAAGCGGAUGGUUUCGUCUGUUUUCAUCACGCUAGUGUCUCCAUUCAAAGCGACCGUCACGCCGACGCCUCACAUGCACAGCAGCCCGACCCGAGACCUGCAGCAGACCGCAGUACCGCUGCGCAGAACCUCCUCAUGCGCAUCUGCCCCAUCACAGGACGUACAGAGCUCCGCUCCUGCCCCCGUGAGCCCCCUGUAUGCCCAGUCACGCCCCACUUACACUCAAACAACACCCACUGCAGUGCCCGUCUCUGCCUCCUACAGGCCGGACAACACAACACGCCACACUGACAAGCGCAGUCCAGACGUUGAUAGCAGUUACCCUCCACCUCCUUCUGCCCCUGACAACAUCCCUGUCCUGCCUCCUAAACAUGACCCCUGUGACCCCCGAGAUCCCCGAGACCCCUACCCAAACCCCGGACCACCAGAAGUCCAGGUGACUAAUGCAGGCGGUCCUGUGAUGGCCGCAGCGCCUCAAAGCAGCGAUGUUUGUGGAUUUUGUCGUAAGCCGGUUGCACUGUCCGAGCCCGCGAUCGACGCCCUGAACCGCACUUACCAUGAAGCGUGUUUUCAGUGCAGACAGUGUCACAUGCUGCUGGCCGCUAAAAUGUACUACAACAAGUCGGGUAUUCCCCUGUGUGAGGACUGCUAUCAGGCCAGUCUGGAGCCGUGCUGGGCGUGUGGUGAUGUCAUUAAAGAUCAUGUGAUCCGCGCUCUGGAACGAGCCUAUCACCCGCCAUGCUUUGUGUGCACAACGUGCCGACAGCCAAUCGGAGAGCAGAAGUUUGCACAGGGGGAAGUUGGUGAGGUGUACUGCCUACAGGACUACUACAGGAAAUACGCGCCUCAGUGUAGUGUGUGUAGAGAGCUGAUUAUCCCGCGAGACGAUGGGACAGACAGUUUUACUGUGGAGUGUUUGGGGCACUCCUAUCACGAGGACUGUUAUCGCUGUGAGGUGUGUGGGGUGCUUCUCUCUCCAGAGCCCAAUCAACACGGCUGCCACCCUCUGGACGGGCAGAUCCUGUGUAAAGCGUGCCACCUCACACUGAUCCAGACCGCACAGCGAUAACUGACCAGAGGAAACUGACACACAGAUUGUAUUAGACACAAACAAUGCUGACGGUGAAUUAUAGGAGCAAAGUUUGAAAACACCCUUGAGACUAUUAUAAAUACUUUAUCAUGUUUUCUGUGUAGCUCCAUUCCACCGAUUAUAUCCAUGUAUCACACUUAUUACCUGUAAUAUGAUAUUUGCACUAUCUGAUGUAUUAUGCACAAACAACCAAAGACAUGUAUUCGACAGAUAACCAUGAUAUGCAAACACACCCUUAUACCAUUCAAAAUAAAGUAAUAUAUGUAA